UACGCCACCGUGUCACUUAACUUGAUUUCAGGCUGUGGAGCUUCUCUUCUCUUCGUCGGGUUUCCCUGCCUGUAGAAAACUGACGUCUGAGCUGAAACUGUAACCAGGUUUACACUUUCAGCUUUUCUCAAUGAGGUGGAUUUUCUUUCUUCCAAACCGAUUUCUAAAAGUGGGUCAAGACAAACGGAUGAUGAGGUAUUGUCUUCAGAAAAGUCAUCUCCAUCUUUUCAUUAUCCCCGUGUGGCUGCCACCAGGAUUAAUCUCCAUUUAUCUGACUGCUGCAGUUAUCCUCAGAAUAAAAUGUCACACUCUUGGAUUAAGGCAGACGUCUGUCAGGCUCAUCUCCAUCUGAACCAGCCGCCGCCGCCGCAGCAGCAGGUCGGCACGCUCAGGCUUCCUCCUGCGUCUUUAUUCUGGACAAAGUAGAAGAGACAUGUUGUUUAAUCUGACGAUGCCAACAGUGGGACUCUGAGGGCGUAAUCCAUCACACAACUGCAGAUCAGGGCUCAGUGGAGCAGCAGAGGACGGCAUCUUCACGACUGACCGCGAACACGCGUGACGUCAGAGGCUUUGGACACCGAGCUGCAGUGCGCUCAAGGAUGCUUGGACCUGCGGAGAUGUUCCUGCUGAAGUAACCAGGAGACAGAGCCACCGCCAUGCUGACCCACCUCAGAGCUCGCAGCAGGAGUCUGUUUUCAAGCUACAAGCCUGGCAGCCAGGCCCCCGAGGUGCAGGAACCCGCCUUCCACCUGGAUCUGAUCAGCACCCUGGUUAAACCAUGGAACUCCAUGCAGGAUCUGAGCAGAGACAUCUAUGACCUGUAUGCCGAGUAUGAGCGGGAGGAGGUGGACGACCGGCUCCCCGUGUCGCCGUCACGCAUCCUGCGUUCUCCCACCAAACACCUGAACCUCAACAUCAACGUGGGAGGAACGCUCUACCUUCUGCCGUACAGGCUGGCUGCCAGGUAUCCAAAGACCCGCAUCGGCCGCUUGGCCACCUACACGGACCACAGCAGGAAGCUGGACCUCUGCGACGACUACAUCGUUCACAGCAACGAGUUCUUCUUCGACCGAGACCCCAGAAUCUUCCACAACGUCUUCAACUUCUACAGAACGGGCGUGCUGUGCAUCAAAGACGAGCUGUGUCCUCACCACUUCCUGGAGGAGAUCCACUAUUGGGGCGUCCGGAUCAAGUACAGCCAACGCUGCUGCCGCAUCUCCUUCGAGGAGAGGCAGGACGAGCUGAACGAGCAGCUGAAGAUCCAGAAGGAGCUGAUGGCAGAGGUUCUCCAGCUGGAGGUGGAGAACAAGGCAGAGUUCGACCACAAGACCUUCGGGCGGAUCCGGAGGAGAAUCUGGAACCUGAUGGAGAAGCCGUUCUCUUCCAUCCCUGCCAAGCUGAUGGGCGUGGCCUCGUCCUUUUUCGUGCUGGUCUCGCUGGUUGCCAUGACGCUAAACACUGUGGAGGAGAUGCAGUACAAGACUCCCUCAGGUCAGCCCAGUGGCCAUUUCUACGGCGAGAGCGUGGAGACCUUCUGCAUCUGCUUCUUCACCCUGGAGUACCUGCUGCGCCUGGUUUCCACGCCCGACCUGCGGUGUUUCGGACGCAGCGUGCUGAACACCGUGGACCUGGUGGCCAUCCUGCCGCAUUACCUGCAAAUGGUCCUGGAGUGCUUUGAGGACGAGGACUUUCACCUGCACUCAGGAGACAUUGAGGCCGUGGCUCGCGUUGGAAAGGUGGGUCAGGUUCUGAGGAUCAUGCGUCUGAUGAGAAUCUUCCGGAUUCUGAAGCUGGCCCGGCACUCCACGGGUCUCCGAGCCUUCGGCUUCACCCUGAGGCAGUGCUACCAACAGGUGGGCUGUCUGCUGCUCUUCAUCGCCAUGGGGAUCUUCAUGUUUUCUGCCAUGGUCUACAGCGCCGAGCACGACUCCUACAACACCAACUUCACCUCCAUGCCGCACGCCUGGUGGUGGGCCGCUGUUAGCAUUUCCACAGUGGGCUACGGCGACAUGUACCCAGAGACCAACCUGGGCCGCGCCUUCGCCUUCGGGUGCAUCUCCUUCGGCAUCAUCCUCAACGGCAUGCCCAUCUCCAUCCUCUACAACAAGUUCUCCGACUACUACAGCAAACUGAAGUCCCACGACUACGCCACGGUCACCAAGGCCCGCGGGAAGGUGCGCUUCAUCAAGAGGGCGGCAAAAAGGUUCGCAGGCUGCUGUGACAGCCAGCACAAGGCUCGCUGCUCGGGCUCGGAAAGCCUCACCACGGGUCCUGUGAGAACGCGCAGAGUGACGAUGGGUCCUCCUCUUCAUCCUGGAGAGUAAGAUGGAGGACAGGAAGCAGCGGCCUCUGGCUCCUCUGGGGGUGUUUGUCGAAGGGAUUUGCCUCAGAAUUAUCACUCAAUCAAAAGCGGACUUGAAGAGAUUUCCACAAGACCUUCAGUGAUGAGGAGCAUUAGGAGUCACACUCACUACUGAGGAAGAUUCUGGUUUUUAUACUUCUUUCUUCUUCCUAAAAGUAUGACUUCAAUUUUGAGUUCCAAUCUAAAUGAAGCUGUUGGCUUAAAAACAUAUUUAUUAACUAGUGAGUGUAGCAUUAAUAAUUGCGCUGCACUCAUUCUGAACCUUAUUAUGUAUAACCAUCUAAUUUUAUUCAAAUGACCUGAUGAGACUUUUUACGGAACAGAGACAGAAAUUAACAUAGAUCUGGCUCCGACCUUUUUACAGACAUUAAGUUCUAAAUGCUGUGAAAUGGAACAAAAAGUUAUUCAAUAAGUGUCAAUUGUGUGACUGUCAAUUCUUACAGUAUUUUUUCUAAAGUCAUCCUAUUUCUUAGCUAAAAACGUAUCUAUAAAUGUAUAUGAGAGCAAAUUCAUUUGACAUGUUUUAUCUGAUUGUGUCAUAAAAAACUGCUGCAAAAAAGGAACAAAUUUAAGAAAAACAUCAACAUUUCAUCAAUUUUCUUAUAAAUCAAGUGUUUGACUAAUCUAUGAAGAACAUUGAUCCCCGCAUCCUGUAGUUCAACACAUCCCAGCAUGCACCUGGACAGCCUGUGAACGUGAGCCUCUUCAUCUGGAUUGCGUUGCGGUGCGUUCAAGGUCCCUCUGUGACGCGUAAUCUUAAGCGCUGCUGUGUCUGAAAAUAAACCUUUGUCUUUUCCUCCUGAAGCUGCAGCUUUUUGUAAAUGGAUUGAAUAUAUUUUUCAAAAAUGUCGCUUUAAUAAGUAUUCAGUCACUGGCUCCUGUUUCUCCGAUCAUUUCUUUAGAAUAACUGCAGUCAAACUCAAAUUCACCUUUAUUCACCUUAGCCCUUUUCAUGCCACAGAGCAGCUCAAAGUGUUUCCCAGAAGAAGAAAAAAAGAUAAAAAUAUAGCAGUUAAAACAAUGAACAUAGUUAAAACAAUACGAAUAAUAAUAAAAAAAUGAAUUAAUAAAUUAAAAACACAACACAUACACAUCUCACCAUUACAAUCAAAACAAGUCGAAUUAGUUAAAUUUUUUAUCAAAUCAAAAACAUGCGGACAAGUAAAAACGAUGUAAAUACUUUACUAAAAGGAUGCGUUUUAAGUUUUUUCUUAACCUCCACGGUGGCUGAAGCCCCCACGUCCUCAGGCUGUUCCACAGGCGGGGCGGGGCGGGGCCCACGGUGCUGAAAGGAGGCCUCGCCGUGGGUUUUAGUUCUGACCUUUGGGACCACCAGAGGGCUCUGGGAGGGUCAUAAGCUAAAAGUAAAUCAGAUCAAAAUGAGGGUCCAGCUCCAUUUAAACUUUUAUAAACUAAUAGAAGAAUCUUAAAAUCGAUCCUAAAGGUGACUGGGAUAAUAUGCUCCUUCUCUCUGGUUCUUGUUAACCCUUGUGCUAUCUUAGGCACUUUAACAUUGGGAGUGGGGUCAUCUAGACCCACUAAACUCUUGCUGCUUCAUCACAGCGGUG